UUGCCUUUUUGGGUCGCUCAGACAUUGCUUACUUAAAUGCUGAAAUCAUUCGUUACUCAUUGUAUUAUCAUAAAUGUUAUCAUGUCGUGCAAUAAUUUUAUGAGAAUAUAUUAUUUAUAGGGUUAUCUGCAAGCACUCGGUAUGGCACGUACAGCAGAAGUGAAGAGAGAUGCUAGAAUAGGUGAAGCAGAAGCUCGCAGAGACGCUCAAAUUAGGGAAGCUAUCGCCGAGGAACAAAGAAUGGCUGCACGUUUCCUAAAUGAUACAGAGAUCGCAAAAGCGCAACGUGAUUUUGAAUUGAAAAAGGCUGCUUAUGAUGUCGAAGUCCAGACCAAAAAAGCUGAAGCAGAAAUGGCCUAUGAAUUGCAAGCGGCAAAAACUAAACAGAGGAUUAUGGAAGAGCAAAUGCAGGUGAAGGUUGUGGAACGCAGUCAGGAGAUCGCCGUGCAGGAGCAGGAAAUGAUGAGACGCGAAAGAGAAUUAGAUGCCACUGUACGACGCCCCGCUGACGCGGAAAAAUUCAGAUUAGAGAAAAUGGCCGAAGCAAAUAAAUUGCGCCUUGUUAUGGAGGCUGAAGCAGAAGCUGAAGCUAUUAAGAUUCGCGGUGAGGCAGAAGCCUACUCUAUCGAAGCGAGAGCUAAGGCAGAGGCAGAACAAAUGGCAAAGAAAGCUGCAGCAUGGAAUGAAUACAAGAGCGCAGCCAUGAUAGACAUGAUGCUUGAUACGCUCCCAAAGGUUGCCGCUGAAGUAGCCGCUCCUCUUUCUCAAGCAAAAAAGAUAACCAUGGUUUCAAGUGGCAAUGGUACUAUUGGGGCAGAAAAACUAACCGAGGAAGUUUUCAAUAUUGUACAGCGUGUUCCAGAUCUUGUUAAAAAUUUGACCGGCGUGGACAUUGCAAAGUCGGUACACGCAGCGUAAAUGAGCGACAUGAAGGACAAUUGAAUAAUUUUCCCGUCAUAUGUUCGUCAAUGUACAUUUAUAAAAAGUAUUCAGUGGAUCCUUUUGUUAUAUGUACAUUUGCUUUAAAUAUCUUGCUCUGUAGUGUGGGCCAAGUGUAAUUGGACAUCGGAAUUCCUAUAUUACGAAAAUUCAACACUUUCACUGCCAUUUAUAGCAUCUGUCUAAAACACGUGUGUACAUGAUCUUAAACUGAUCCAUUACUUUCAAUUUCGAAAGUCAGUAAGCUAGUUAGUAGUAAAUGCUCUGAUGAUAUUUUAUUAUAAAACUUUAAGAGUACCUCGCACAAGGAAUUUCGUUUUGUUCAUUCCAAUAAUUUUUACUAAUCCAGACAGUGAAAGUGUGGUAUAACAUUACUUUCGCUUAUUACUGAUAUUAUUUUUAUACCAAUCAAUUUCUAAUUAAGAUUUUAGUAACUGCUUAGUGUAUUUUCCUAACUCAAUCCUAACGUAUUUUUAAAUAUAAAAAAAAUGUGUGCGUUCUCUGUCGAAUCUCUCGAGGGCCGAUCACGAUGGCUCUGUUUAUCUGUAAUUCUAUGCCAAUAUGUGCCGAAUGCAAUUUCUCCAAAUGUUCUAUUACAUGUAUCUUAUAAAUAUAAUUAUCAAGCAUCUGUUUAGAUUUAUUAGAGAUGAAAAUAUUUGAUGUUUCUUAACAUCACUUAAUAACGUUCAACAUAAAAGAGAUCUUUCUUCUAGUCCUUGAGAUAAAUUUAUAUACAUAAACAUUUGACGUGAGCGUUCUAUUUUCUGUAUCUACAAGAUAAAGAGAAGAAAAUAAGUAAUAUAUUUUAUCCCACGUUUAUAAUGUAUAUGAAAAUCAGAGAUCACUGUGAUCCAAUCAUUUAUAUGAAUCAUAGUUGUAGCUUUUGAAUAAAAGCUCCUGACCACAUA